GGCAAGAAGAUUGAUAUUUCGAUGAUGUAUCUUCAAACUGUAUUUAAACCUUAGUCAGAAUUGAACGAAAAGACGUCGAAUCAAUAUCGAUUCGACAUCAAUUCGAGGUCGAUUCGACGCCGAUUUAACUAUCAUUUUUAACUGGGACAUUUUUCUUCUAAUUUUAGAUGGCCCAAUGGCAAAAAAUAUUACGAUAAGAUAUCUAAAUAUGAAAUAUAUGAGCUAAAUCUAAAAGAUAUUUUGAAAUUUGAGGAGAAAUCUGUAGAGAAAUCUGAGAAGGAACCUGAACAAUUGAUGAUUAUGAAUAAAAGUUUAAAUUUUACAGAAAUAGGAAUAUACAGUGUAAAGUUGUCACAAAAUAUUAUAUCUGAAAUACUAGAUAAGCUUUAUGAUAUGAAUGAUUCGAUAGCUUAUAUAGCAGAUUUUGAUUACGAAUAUCAAUUAGAAAAUACAAGGGCACCUGACCAUAACAUAUACAGAAUGGAACAAAUAGCUAAAAAUUUCGUAACGAACACUUGCAUCUCUGAUGAAAUUAAAUACUUGUUAACAACCGAAUCUUCACGAAGUGCUAAUUGCGAUCUAACCAAGAGAUAUUGCAAUAUGAGAUUGUAUAAUUAUUUGAGAAAACAUGUGGUGUUUGGAAAGUGGAAAGGAUUUCAAGCAAAACCAGCUGAACAACAGCUAAUGGAACAAGCUGCUACUAUUUUGGCUCAAUAUCUUCAACCAGAAAAGGAUAUAUUUUACUCGCGCAUAAAAACAUCAUUAAAUACUAUCGCACAAAACGCACGGAAUUUGCUCAGAAAAAAAUAUCCCGAUCAUUCAAUAUUCGGGACGUCUGCCGAAAAUUUUUCCUAUUGGGAAAACAAUAAUAUUAACGAUAAUUAUUGGGACGAAGCGGAAGGAACUCAAAUUAUGGAUACACUGCAGGAAUAUAUAUUUGGUGAACUCAACUUUCGAAUUAACCAAAAGGAAGACGAUGAUGAAUUGAAACAGUAUUGUAUAGAUAAUGUCUUAGAAAAUAAAUAUGGCGAUGAUAAUAUUAUAUUAACAAUAUAUCACAGCGUGGCCAGAAGACUUGGUCUACGGUGUGAUAUAAUUGAAACUAAUGGAGAAAUGUGUAUAUUUUGGAAACCUAAAUAUGCCACGAACAGCUUAGAAAAUGUAAGGUGUUUUUACAUAAGUUUUGACAAAUUCCCGGCUAAUCUUAUCGAGAUGUCUUUUUCAGAACCUUCUGAAUAUUACAGAAUGUCAGCUAGUGAGUUAAUUGAAGACAUUUUAGAUAAAAGUGACAAUUUUUACUGGAAAAAUAAUAUUUUGAAGAUGCCAUCAAAAGUAAUACUAUUAUCAAGUUUAUCCAUUUGCAAGAAUGAAAAACGUGGUGCAUUUAAAUUUAGUAAAUUAAAUCAGUCGAUUGGACGACCAAAUAAUAUCAAAUUUGUAGUUGGAAUGAUCGUAAAACAUAAUAAAAAUGAAAGUCAUGAAUCUACAAACGGUAUUCGCGGUGUAAUAGUAGGUUGGCACAAAAAUAAAUUUGGCCUUAAAAAAAUAUUCUACAGCGACAGUUACCAAUUCGGACACAAAAUAAUCUUCUACUGCUAUCUUAGGCCUUUCAAUACUUACUCGUAUUAUGCUUUUUUGGAAGCAUCCACAUAUGAACAACCACAUUACAUAAUACUUACUGAAAAGAACACACUGUGUUUCAUAAAUGAAGACGCUCUGACCUUAACAACUGGAUGGGUCGAAAAUUACGAAAUAGGACGUUAUUUCUGUAAAUUCGAAGACACGCAUUACGUACCAAAUAAAAUGAUGGCAGAACUUUAUCCGCACGAUGCCGCUAUAAUUGAGGAAAAAAACAAUAUCAAAUACGGUAUACAAAUGGCUAACUAUAAGCACAAACGCAGUAAUUAAGACACGUAUAUUUUAUUGUAAAUUAUACUCAUUUUUAAUGUAAGUAUUAUAAUGUAAGUAUUAUCAAAAAAGGGCGUACAUUUUAAUCUGUUUCUGGAUCAUCUG